AUGGUUCCAGGCGAUACGCAAGCCCGAGCAAGGAGCGCCAUGCAGAUUUGGCAUAUGGAACCGUAUCCAUGUGGGGAUCGACGUCUCCCACAUCAUGUGUUCCCACCGAAGAAAAUUACCGCCGACCAGCUCCUAACACUAACCGGUGUCCAGUACUUCAAGGUUGAUCUCGACGAUACAGUAGCGAUGAAAAAACGUCUUUCAAGAGUGAAAAAUGAGAGGAAAGUAAACUCAUCGGACAUGUUGACUAUCAAUGAAUCAAUUCCAGAUAUCAAUGAGAAGCUCGAGGAAUACUACGAGCCUACCACAAAGGAUCAAGAUGUAGUAUCUCUGGUCAUGGAUGGAAGUUGCUAUUAUGAUGUUGAGCCAGAGGAAGAUGAAUGGAUUCGAAUUCAUCUGGAACGAGGUGACCUGAUCGUCAUUCCAAAAGGUGUUUCUCAUCGAUUCACCGUUACACCGCAAAACUUCGUACAAAUGCAACGUUUCUUCCCCAAGAAGCCUGAUGAUGUUCAGGGAUAAGAAGAGAACGCGAUUGCCAAUUUUCAUUGCUCUUUCUACACUUACACUAAACAAUUUUCACUUCUUCGCAACGUAACAUAGGGUUUUAAUCAUGUAUGUGCUUUGUACAUAACUCAUGAUAUGCAACAAUAUAAUACAAAAUGUUAACAGUGAUAAUGGAAUUGCCAGAAGUGGUAUGUAGCAUUAUACGAAUG